AUGAAUUUGACCAUACUGAAACGCUUAAACACCUUAAAAAUUAUUCAAGGUCGUCAAACUUCAAUGACUACCUCAAGGCUGUACUCAGUUCUUUCAAUUAUUUUAUAUAUUCUACUAUUUUAUUCCAUUUUUGAUGUCUAUUAUACAUCACCAUUAGUUCAUCGUGGAACUUAUGACCGUCCAUCAGUCCCAGGCCUAGUAAAAACUGUUGUCUUUAUCGUCGCAGAUGGUCUUCGAUAUGACAAGUUGUUUACUGAAGAAAUGGAAGACACGCCCACAUUGAGAAAACUUAUGAGAACUGAAGGUUUAUGGGGAUUUUCGCACACACGAGUGCCCACCGAAUCUCGUCCUGGUCAUGUCGCAAUGUUUGCUGGAUUUUAUGAAGAUGUUGCAUCGAUUACUAAAGGUUGGCAAGCUAAUGCUGUAGAGUUUGACUCCAUAUUCAAUCGUUCCUACCGAGCUUUUGCUUGGGGCGGUCCCGAUGUUGUUCCAAUGCUUCAGCCAAUUAAUCGGGCGGGUGAUGAGCGUGUGAAAAUUGAGAACUAUCCACACGAAAUGCUCGAUUUCACUGCUGAAAACAUUACUCAAGUGGACGAUUGGGUUGUGGAUAAAUUUGCUGAAUUCAUGAUGACCAGUUCCCACCUCCUUCUCAGAACAGGCGCAGAAUCAGAGGAUGCGAAUGACGAUUUUCGAAAAGGUAAUUUUCUCUUCCUUCACUUGAGCGCCGCCGACCAGAUGGGUCACACAAAAAAGCCCGGAUCGAAGGAGUACCUCAGUAUGGUUCGUCAUCUUGACCAAAAUAUUGCCCGAAUUCUCGACAUCUUUGCAAAACAUCCCGAAAUAAGUCAAGAUGCUGCGUUUAUUUUUACUGCGGAUCAUGGAAUGACAGAUUGGGGUAGUCAUGGUGCCGGCUCUGCACACGAAACUAUCACGCCCCUAAUAGCUUGGGGAAAGCACAUUCCUCGUCCUGCUCCACUAUUUAAACUCUCCGAUCUAUCUCCAACUACAAAAAGCUCUUCUCGAAUUGAUAUUCGGCAGGCUGAUCUCUGUCCCCUGAUAGCAUGUCUUCUCGGUAUUCCAAUUCCCGCUCAUUCGAUUGGCGAGCUACCGCUCGAAUUUCUCGACCUUGAUCCCUCUCUCAAGGUCGGACUAAUUCGGGAAAAUGCCCUACAUGCACUCAAACAACUGCAUAUCAAAUAUGAGGAACGAAAGGCUAGUCAUUAUCACUUGUUCUUCCGUGAAUUUAGUAAAUUCUCAAAAAACACCAUUCAAAGCAUGUUAGAGAAGGCCGCGUUGCAGACAUCAAACCAAAACUACAAUUCAGCCAUUCAAACAUAUCGGCGAAUAAUUGAACUCGGUUUAGAAGGACUUACGUACUACCAUAAAUACGAUCGAUUCUUCAUGGGGUUAGUUGAUUGA